AUGGGGGACAAGGACGAACUUGUUGCCCAGGCUGUUGAAAAGUGAGUUUACGUUUAACUUGCUUCAUAAAAACGGACUUCAGUGACGCGAAUUACGAGCAACGGAUCCAGCUCAUUCGAUCGAAUGAUUAUAUCGAUGCGAAAUUUGGUUUUGAUAGAUAUACAUCAACCGUCGAACGGAAGGGAUUUCUAAUGAAUUUGCAGCCUGUAAAAAAUCCACAAGCAGUUUUAUUUCGUCCUCAACUAGCUAUUUAGGCCGAAAUGAUAGACGAACAAACAAAGCAGAUUGUUUCUGUGGUAGACUUUUACUUUAUCAGUGAUAUGGACGAAAGGUUCAAGGUAAAGUUUUUGAGGAAAAAUCGUUUCCAGUUAUUUUUUUCAUCCCAGAUUUCCUACCCCUUCCGACCUUAUAUGUAUAUAGCCACACUCGAAGGUUCAGAACAUCAAGUUCAAUCAUUUUUAUGCAAAAAAUAUGGUAACAUGGUGACUGUCGAGUAUUACGAAAAGGAAGACUUAGAUAUGGUUUUCAACAAAGAAAAAGUUGAAAUUUCGGAAAAUUGCUUUUCAGAAAAAUCAUCUCGCUGGUUUGAAAAAGCCGUAUAUCAAACUGUCUUUCGCCAGUACAGUUGAAAUGAGCAAGAUGAAGAAAGACUUGAUGCCAUUGAUUCGAAAAAAUAAAGAGAGAAUCAAAAAAGAGUCGCAGUACGUGACUUAUUUGGCAAAGUGAGUUUCAAUAACUUCGAAGAAACUUUUAAUGCAAAAUGGAUGUGUUUCCAGCAAUCUAAGCGGGAAAGAAGCUGACAGACGUGAUGACGAUGUUCUAGGGGAUAUUGUUGAUAUCAGGUGAUUUAAAAAAAUUUUAUGUUGUUAAAAAAACAUCAUGCAUCGUAUUUUAACUUGUCUAAAAUAUUAUAGAGAAUACGAUGUUCCAUAUCAUAUGCGAGUUUCAAUCGAUGAGAAAAUUUUUGUCGGACUAUGGUACGACGUCCGUGGAAUCGGCCCCAUGAGAGUUCCCACCAUCAAAAAGUUCAUUUCAUUCAAAAAAGCUGUUAAUCAAUGGUUUUAAGGAAAGAUCUUGCCAAUUUUCACGCAAAGCCCAAAAUCUUGGCUUUCGACAUUGAAACGACUAAAUUGCCGUUGAAGUUUCCUGACCGGGAAAGCGAUGAAAUUAUGAUGAUUUCCUAUAUGGUGCGUUUUUUUACCCAGUGUUACGACAAGGGCGAGUUUCGUAUUCCAAAGAGUACUGUAUGCAAAAGUCCGCCUUUUUUUUCCAUUUUUAUUCUAAAUUCUAUCGAAAGGAAGUUCAACAAUAGGAUGAAAUUGAACUAGAUCUUCUAUUCAUCCAAAAUCAUUAUAAGACAUUAUAUGAGAAAUAAAAAUUGAAAACGCGGAGAUGGACCACGCGCAAUGUGCAAACACGCAAAGUGCACACGCCAAAUGCGGACUUUCACUUACAGUACUCUUUGCAAGAGAAAAACUUGCUAAUGUCAUAAAACCGUUUGAUCAAUUUUUAGAGCUAAUAAGUGCGACAGGAAUUUCUCUCUUGUCUUUGAACCUUGACAGAUUUGAAAAUUUAUAGGUCGAUGGCCAAGGUUUUCUGAUAAUCAAUCGUGAAAUCGUGUCAGCCGAUAUUAGUCCAUUUGAAUAUGCCCCGAAACCCGAAUACAAAGGCGAAUUCGUUGUUUGGAAUGAAGUCGAUGAAACUGCGCUCAUCAGGAAGUUGGCAAUAAAAAAAUCUGAUUUUAAUUUAUAAUAUUUUUUUGCAGGUUUUUUUGAUCAUUUUUUUGAAAGUGCGGCCGAAUAUCGUUGUCACCUACAACGGGGACUCUUUUGAUUGGUGAGUUUGUGUAUUUCAUCGAUUUGUUUCGAAAUCUGGUUCGAAAUUGAAGAAAGAAUUUUAUGUAGAUCAAAGUUGAAAAUUUUAAAAAAAGCCUUUUUCUGUUUCUUCAAAGUUGAAAAUUUGUUAAUAAUUAUUUUUGUUCAUUUCCAGGCCCUUCGUAGAAGCUCGAGCAAAGAUCCGCGGCUUCGACAUGGAAAAGGAAAUUGGGUUCUCAAAGGAUUCGGCUGACGAAUAUAAAAGUCGAAAUUGCAUCCACAUGGACGCUUACAGGUCAGUGAACAUGCGAAGGGGAUUUUUUCCCAUAAAAAAAAGACAAGAGCUUGGAAACCCUGAAUAACGGUUUAGAUAUACAGGACCGUGCGGUGAGGUAUGAAAUUUUACUUUUUUCUUCAUAACUUUCCCAGGAGUUGUUCAAUUAUCGUCAAACUUUCUACAUUUGUUUUCUAGGGGUCCAGUCCGUUAUCAAGAAAAAAAAGUCUUUUCCACUUGAUUUUGCUAAGUUGAAGCGGCUCUGAGAAUUUUUCUCUUGGCUUUGAACUUGGAGAAAACGGACAAAAAGCAUUCUACAUUCAUUCACAGAAACGAAUAGUCGAAUUGAAUUCUAAAACCCAACAUGUAUUUGAAUAAACUCACCCAAUCAGAUCAUGAGUUCAGCCUUUUCAGCUUUUGAGCGGCUUUUUUUGGCUUUUCUUGUUCUAGUAUAUAAAACUUCACGUUAGCUUUAUUUAUAAAGUUCAAAAGAACAAAUCGAUCAAAAAGUUUGUGAGGGGCUCGAUAAUCCGAAAAUUACAAAAAAUUAAGGGCGCCUGAAUUAUAAAAAUGUGUUCUGUUUCCUAGCUUGAAUGGAUGAAAAAAAGUUUUUUUAGAAUCGAUUUUUGGUUUCGGAGAUUUUGUUGAUUUCAAUUUUCAGGCUGUGACUUUUUACGAAAAUAAGCUAUUGUACUAAUUUUCACUUGAUAACGAACUGGACCCGUAGGGAACAACUGUAACUAUAUCCAUUUUUGAGUGGUCAUUCCCUUGUUUCCUUCUUUUUCAGGGGUUUUUUUGUACCUUCAUUGUGACGCAUUUUCAACUUUUUUUGGCCUUGAAUCUUUUCUAAAAUUAUUUAUGCAGCAAACAAUUUUUAGAUGGGUGAAACGAGAUUCAUACUUACCCGUUGGAAGUCAAAACCUCAAAGCGGUAACAAAAGCUAAAUUGAGGUAUUUUUAAAGGAGAGGACGUUUUUUCUUUUUUAUAUAUUUUUUUAUAGAUAUGAUCCAGUUGAGGUGGAGCCUGAGCUCAUGUGCAAAAUGGCUCGAGAACUGCCUCAGGUGUGAACUUUCUCUACAUAGUUUCUAAUCAAAAUUUUCAGCACCUGGCCAAUUAUUCGGUUUCCGAUGCGGUCUCGACAUAUUAUUUGUACAUGAAAUACGUGCACCCGUUCAUUUUUGCUCUCUGCACGAUUAUUCCUCUUGGAGCAGAUGAUGUUUUUUUUUAAAAAUCAUUUUUGCCACUCUCAUAAUCGUUCCCCAGGUGCUUCGAAAAGGCUCCGGAACUCUCUGUGAAGCUUUAUUGAUGGUUGAAGCUUUCCAUAACAAUAUCGUGUUCCCCAACAAGUUCACCGGUGCGGAAGAAGCUCAAAUGACCAAUGAUGGGCACAGGUAGGAGUCAGGUUGAACUGAGAAAAAUUUAACCGUUCAAGAGGAAAUCACAGUACUUCAAAAACAAGGGGCCCAGGCGAAAAAGGUGGGAAAGUUCCAGAUUCCCCCAUAAACUGCUUUCACUCCCCCGCGGUCUAAUAAGCCUUUUUUUAUUUUAAUAUUUUUCCUUGUACGUUUUAACACAUCCAAGCUAUUCUAAAAGUUGAAAGAGCCUUCAAAAACAGUGUUUCAUGCUAUUUUUCCAUCCUAUAAAUGCAAAAACGGCUCUAAUCAAAUUUUAUUGUUUAGAAACACUGAAUUUUUUCCAAAUUUUUCGGUUUUUUUUCUAAGAAUACUGUGAAUUUUUCCGAACUUUUAAUUUUUUUUUCACAGAAUCGAAAGUGAAACCUACGUUGGAGGACAUGUUGAGGCACUGGAAGCCGGCGUUUUUCGAGCAGAUAUUCCCUGUCGGUGAGUUUCCCAUCAAUAUGACAUGAUAGAUAAGAAAUUUAAUUUUUUUUCAAGAUUCCGGUUAAUUCCCUCCGCUUUGUCUCAAUUGAAGGACGAGGUACCAGAAACGCUCAAGAAAGAGUUAAUACGGGAGUUUGGGGUACAAUUAGAACAGGUGGUCGACUUCGAAGAAAGGGUGCACAUUGUUUUCCCAAUCGAAAUAAUCUGGGAUUUUAGUGCAAUGAUCUACGUUCGAUGUUUGAUACGCUCAUCGAGACGCCAUCAAGGUUGGAAUCUCCGGAAAAAAAUCUGAUAAAUUGAAAAAAAUUGAUAUAGGUCCGAGAAUCCUCGAAUAUAUCAUUUGGACGUGGGGGCCAUGUACCCAAACAUUAUUCUGACUAACCGUUUGGAAGUAAGUUUUUUUUUCUUCCAAAAUAUUUGGGUUUGUUAUGCCGUUUUCGAAGUUAUUCCGCGAGAUCUGAAAUACGCUUCAGAGAAAGAGAAAUAUAACUAAACUUUGGAGAGUUAAAGAUAAUUGUUUAUCUGGGGAAAAUUACUUUGAACACGGCAUUAGGUUGGUCGGUCGAAGUUAGCGUUGGGUUUUUCGAUUCAGAUUUCAAUCUCUCAGAAGGGGUCUAUGAUUUCGGACGCUGGGGAUAAGUCAUAUCAGCCAUUGGUGCUACCACUAAGAAUAACUGACGAGAUAAACGCGAGGUCGGUGGCGGUACAUUGACGAACUCGCAAAAAUGUCGCUUUUUUCUAGGCGCGAUCUUGCAUUUUUCUCGGCGCGACCUCGCAUUUAUCUUGCAUUUCGGAAAUUUUCAAAUUGCGAGAGAAAUGCGAGCUCGCGCCUAGAAAAGUGCGAGCUGGCGCCCAGAAAAAUGCGAGACCGGCGCGAGAAAAAAAAGCGAGAUGUUUGCGAGCUCGUCAAUGUACCGCCAGUGUCUCGCGUUUAUCUCGGCAGUUAUUCUUAGUGACGGCAUAAGCAAGUUUUCCAUUUGCGAAGAAUACUUUAUGCGAAAAUUCGCAUUUCGUGCAUGCACUUGGUGUGUUUACACUCUCGUUGCGUGACGUCACCGCUUUUUUAGUUUCCGAGUUUUUUUUAAAAACUAAAAAAAUAGCCUUCUCAUGAAGAAAGAAGAUUUGGUUUUUUUUUUCAAUGAUGUUUGCAAAAACAAAACCGAGAAAAAUAGUUGAAACAAAAAACUCGGAAACAGAAACGCGGAGAUGUACGAUGCGGUGACGUCACGAUUUUUAACAUCACCGAAAUUUCUUUGAACAGAGUCGAAUUUUUAUACAGCGAUUUCUUGAAGUAGUAUCAUGGGGGGUACCUUUUAUUUUUGCCCUAGAGGCCACUUUUCAUUAGUGAUUGGUAAAGCGUUCCCUAGUGGGGGAUCCUCCAAGGUUGCCUCUAUAAGGACCACUCUGGAGUUCCUAAGAACGGGAGUGUAAACACAAAACACAUUUUCGCAUAAAGUACUCUUCGCAAAUGGAAAAUUUUCAAAGGGGUGCGGAAAGGUGGCUGACAGUACGGCUUCCUUCUAACCGGCAUCCUAAAUAACUUCCUGAUGGACUCAUGAAAAAUUGAAAGGUAAUCUUCGCAUUUUAUUUUCAGCCUUGCGCCAUGGUGAAUGAAGAAAUUUGCAUGGGUUGUUCGUAUAACCGACCUGAUGCUCAGUGUAAACGAACGAUGGCUUGGGAGUGGCGUGGAGAGCUGAGUACGAAAGAAAAUAAUGAAUUAUGCCCACCUUAUCUUUGGCUGUCAAAAUUAUUAGAAAACUCAUUAUAUUUUUUUCUCGUGGUUUUUUUAGGUUAUUAAAACCAACAAAAAAAAAACCGUUUUUUUCUUCUUUCCAAGUCAAUAAGUGAUAGGAAAAAAAUUUUUCGAAAAAGUUUUCUAUGAGGAAUAACAUCUCCCGACUUGAGAAACGAUGGAACGUUGUUAAUUUAGUAGAUGAAAGGUGAGAAAUAAUAUAAAAAUUUUGCGUGAUCCCAAGUUGUGCGAAAUUUGUUCUUACCAGGUAAUGGUCUCAGCUCACAGUGGGACUUCUGAAAGAGACCAUAUUUUCUAGAUGUAGUGUUUUACGCUGAUUCUGUUGUGCCCGCAGGUGGCCAGUGAAGACGUUGUAGUAGAAGAUUUAUUAGUAACACGAAACUAGACUAUGCUAGCCCCUUUACAAUAACAAACAAGGGUUAUAUAGUACUGAGGGAAGAGAUCCCGAAGAUUAUGGAAUGUUCCAGAAUAAAGGUGGAGUUUAAAUAGUAUUGAUAUUAGAGUAAAAGAUGGAACAUUCCAGAGUUUUAGAGAUCUGUCCCGGAAGCAUUAGAACAUUCGAGAACAAUGUGGAACCUUCUAGAAAGGUAGAGAACAAAUGAGAAGAUUGUGGAACUUUCUAGAAGGGAAACCUUUACACAUGAUCCCUAUGACGUAAUGAGACUAGAAAUGUAUGGAAAACUAUAGAACAUUCUAGAAUCAGCUUAAUAUAAGCGUUAUGCUCCAACAGAUUCCAAAUCCGUUUUCAAAAGCUGCCACCGAGGUCUGUGAAAAAAGUUAUGGACCCUCAAAAGUCGAAAAUUUCAUAGUCUCCGAUCGAGCUCAUUUUUAGAGGGUAUAUAGGUCUUGUCCCCCUGGCCACAAAAAAACUAUCGAAUUCUUCUCGAAAAAAUUCCGAAGCCAAGAUAUGACCUUUCAAAGCGCCGCCGCACACAAGAGAAUGCGCGCGCGGUGUCCUAUUGCGAUCUGACGGCUGUCGAAGCAACGGCAGCGAGGAGCAGUGGAAAGGCGGCGGACUGGGGAUCACGAGGUCAUAGGUUCGGUGCCCACGCUGUGCAAACUUUUUUUGCAGUUUUUUCUUUUUUGGAUAUUUCCGUGUAAGUGCUCCUUUUUUGAGUUUCGAAACGUAGAAACAUGAAAACACUGCGUUUUGAGCCUAUUCAAACAGCUGGACUUCUUUUUGUCGCAAAUUUUUUUCAUGGUUUUUUUCGUGAUUUUCCAUGUGUUGGAGUGUCAAAAUUUUUCAGAAAAAAAUUUUUGUUUUCUGAACGCUGUUUUCAUAACUGCGAUGGUAGAAAAAAACGCAGACAUUUUUUCGGAAUUUUUUUGGCUCUGGAAAAACUUUCAAUUUUAUUUCUGGUUGUGGCUGAAAUUCCCGAGGAGGUUUCUUUUGAUUCAUAAAUAAAAAAAUUUAGAACAAACUCCCCAAAAAAAUGUUUCGUUCAAUGUAAUUCCUGAAAGUUCAUAGUCAGACGGCAAAAAAACGACGGUCAUAGGUGAGCCCACUGCAAAGCACGAAGAGUUUAUUGAAGUAAAAAAUUUUUUUGUGAUCGACAAGCGUAGCCAUGAUGACUUGUGGUUAGACUAUAUUUGGAAAAAAAGAAAAAGAUUCAAAAAAAAAGCCAUGAAAAUUUUUCUGAAAAUUUCGAUACUCUAACCUAUGCUCAUACACAUGGAAAAUCACGAAAAAAUCCAUGAAAAAAAUUUGCGACAAAAAGAAGUCCAGCUGUUUGAAUAGGCUCAAAACGCAGUGUUUUCAUGUUUCUACGUUUCGAAACUCAAGAAGGAGCACUUACACGGAAAUAUCCAAAAAAGAAAAAACUGCAAAAAAAGUUUGCACAGCGUGGGCACCGAACCUAUGACCUCGUGAUCCCCAGUCCGCCGCCUUUCCACUGCUCCUCGCUGCCGUUGCUUCGACAGCCAUCAGAUCGCAAUAGGACACCGCGCGCGCAAUCUCUUGUGUGCGGCGGGGCUUUGAAAGGUCAUAUCUUGGCUUCGGAAUUUUUUCGAGAAGAAUUCAAUAGUUUUUUGUGGCCAGGGGGACAAGACCUAUAUACCCUCUAAAAACGAGCUCGAUCGGAGACUAUGAAAUUUUCGACUUUUGAGGGUCCAUAACUUUUUUCACAGACCUCGGUGGCAGCUUUUGAAAACGGAUUUGGAAUCAGCGUAAAAAACUACAUCUAGAAAAUAUGGUCUCUUUCAGAAGUCCCACUGUGAGCUGAGACCAUUCCCUGGUUAGCUUCUGAAAUUAUCCCAAGUUCCCCUUAAAAGGAAGAUCAUUUUACUUUUUGGUUAUGAAUUUACUGAAAAUUGGCCAGAUUUUUUUUACUUUUCGAGAAGAAUUCAAUAGUUUUUUGUGACUGUGAUUUUGAAAGAUCCGGGAAGUCUUAACAUGCACAACUCUCUAGCUUAAAAAAUGGCUGAAAUUUUCGAAAUGACCUAUUUUAAAGGAUUUUGAGCGUUUUCUUUGCCAUUGAGCCCUUAUUUCUUCUGAAAUACAAAGUUGUGCACGUUUAGACUUCCGGAAUCUUCUUCUGGUACACCAAGGAGUAUUCUUGCCAAUUUUCAGGGGAUUCCCAACCGCAAAGUGAAAUGAGCUCCCUGUUAGGUUUCUCUGAGGAAUCUGCUUUUAGUACCCGCUUCUCGAGGCGAAUAUCAACAAAUCAUCCAGCAGUUGGAAGGAGAGUCGUUCGGAAAACCCCCGAAACCGUUUCAUAUGCUUGAUCGACAAGAGCGGCACGCCAUCGAGAUCAAAAGAGUCAAAGGUUUGUUUAGUAAAAGACAAUAAUUCGAACUGACGAACGAUUUUUGAGAUUAUUCGCGGCGAGUGUACGGAAAGACGCACAUGACAAGGCUGGAAAUGCGGAAUACGACCAUCUGCCAGAGGGAGAACCAUUUCUAUGUGGAGACGGUGAAAGCGUUCCGCGACCGGCGCUACGAGUACAAGGAACUUUUGAAAAAGUCGAAAGCGUCCCUGGAUCAAGCCAUCGCCGCCAACGACCUCACCACUAUGACCACCGCCAAGCGUUAGUAGAUCAGCUCUACUUUUUUGCAGAAAAAAUGGGUUGUGCUCAACAAUUUUUUUCAGUUCAAAAAAGUUUAAAAAAAUAAGACUAUUGAAAAAUUUUGAAAAUGAAGUUUAAUAUUUAAAAAAGAUUAAACGAAUUAAUUCUAUCCAGAGGCAUGAAAAAUCCGCAAGCGAUAUAGCUGAUUCACGGUUGGCUUGAGUCAUUGAAAAAAUGGUCCUUACACGAUAAUGCACAAAACAACGCCUGGCUCGUGGAGAGCGCAGACAGGACACGUCCCCUUAGCGUUCCAAGCUGGCCGUGAAAUAGCUAUAUAUUUUUUGGACAGGCCGCACUUUGCGGAGGUUAGGCCGCAGUUCGUCCACUCUGGGGUGAAAUCCAGCCGACGUAUGGCUACAGUAUCCUUCCCUUCGAUGAACGCGAUAUUUAUCAAGGCCUGAGCCUUUAAUAAAACGGAAAUUUUAUAUAAGAAAAAAAACGAAGGCAGAAAACAUCCCGCGCCCUUCAAAAAAAUAAUUCUCUAGCUCGGAAGGAAACGAAAAUCGGUAGAACCUGCCGCGGAAUGGUUCAUAAACUUUUCGUAGAAAGUAUUACAGUUGCUUCGAAAUGCCAGAAAAACUCCAAUCCGAGCUUUUUUCGGUACACUGAUCAACCGGUGUUAGUUGAUUGCGGAUUAUUUAAUAAUAAUAAUUUAUUGAAAGAUCAGCGUGAACCCUAACGAGUUCACUUGGAUUUAGAGUUUGAGAUAAUAUAUUAUACAGUUAUACAUCAUUUGAGUCGUGGAGGAAUAAACAAGAAGAUCUCGUGCAAUGGUAGAUUGACCAGUAAAUUUUUUUAAAGACUUGGAGUGGUGGCUGAAUUGAAACUUGGAAGUGAGUUUGUUCCAAGUAGGAAUUUUUUUGAAGAUAAAUAAAAAUAAAUAAUUGCUUCUCUUAAAUUAAUUUGAUUUCAGUAGAAAUGGUACUCUACGAGUCGCUGCAACUAGCGCACAAGUGUAUUCUGAACUCUUUUUAUGGUUACGUUAUGCGCAAAGGGAGUAGAUGGUGAUUUUUUUUUGUUCAAUUGCAGAAUGGACAAUUUUGGUUUAGGUUCUCAAUGGAAAUGGCCGGAAUCGUGUGUCAUACCGGCGCGAAUAUCAUUCGUGAAGCUCGAAAACUGGUCGAACAGAUUGGAAAACCAUUGGAAUUGGACACUGAUGGAAUUUGGUGCCUGAUCCCGUCGUCGUUUCCCGAAAACAUCACUUUUCAGUUGCAGAACCACAAGAGAAAAUCGGUACCAUAGAACCUAAACAGGCGGCGGAUGUGGUCAUAGGGCGGGGCUUAUUGCAAUAGAGGCGCGAUAAUAAGAGCAAAUUUUUGUGCAUUUAUUGGAUGGAAAAAUAAUAAUGUUUUCAAGGCACCUUCAAAAUUUCGAAUAGCUUGGAUGUGUUUGAACUUAUUCAAAAGAACGUUUUAUAAAACCUCGAAAAAAUUUUGAAAAAAAAAUCCGACUUUUUUCUCGAGAAACUCACUGAGUAUUUUGAAACGAAAACAUAAACCAAAGUAGCUUGUGCGGAAAAAGUUAUCCUUAGAAAUGUCACUUUCCUCGAAUUUACGCGACCAUCUCGAUUAAAAAUUAACUCAAUUACAUCUCAAACGUAUCAGUCACGGUUAUGCUACACAACUGAAAGCGAAAAUCUGUGAAAAUACGCAAGAAAUUAAGAAAAAUCUGUAUUUAAAUUGAAUGGAAUUUUGAGGGGUUGACACACGUCGCGUUGCGUUAGAAGGAAAUAGCGUUUUAGCCACUUUUUGACGCCCAUUUUCAACGCCUGCGCUCUCUUGUUUUGAAACACUGUGCCAAGUUACGGUAGCAUUCACUGUCUUUAAGGUUACGGUGUCAUACCCGGGAGCAAUGUUGAACGCGCUGGUCUACGAGGGCUUCACCAACCAUCAAUACCAUACCCUACAGAAGGAUGGCUCCUACAGUACCUCAAGCGAAAACUCCAUCUACUUUGAAGUUGAUGGACCUUAUCAGUGUAUGGUCCUGCCGGCAUCCAAAGAAGAAGGCAAAAAAUUGAAAAAAAGGUCCGCCGAUGAAAAAAUUCUGAAAAGAAAUGCUAUUUCUUUUUCUCUCGACCUUCUGAUCUUGCCAUUGGUGCGUAACCGUCAUUACAGUUUUAGUAACACGGGUUCUCCGCGGGUGCCCCCGUACCAAACCAAUGUAAGCACAGCUGGUAGAACUUUUAGCAACUUUUACCUCAGCUGAGACUUCGCUUUAGCACUACUGGGUUACAUAUUUUUCUUACACCCGUUGUUCCCCCGUUUUAGUCCGUUUUAGGGGCGGAGCUUGAGUGAGGACUUGACAUUCAAAAUGUGAACAGACUAUAGCAGCCCACAAUCUGUUGCUGUAAAACUUUUUAAUUAUUAGUCGUAGUGAAGUAAUAUGAACCUUUCAGGCGCAAUUUGAGUACUGUACAGAGGGUAGUAAGUACUAUGCGAAAAAAUCAUUAUCCGAUUUCUAGAAAUGAUUAUCAUUCUCUUUUUGUGAACACUUUUUUUCAGAUAUGCAGUGUUCAACCUCGACGGUUCGUUGGCCGAAUUGAAAGGUUUCGAGCUGAAACGUCGCGGCGAGCUCAACAUUAUCAAACACUUCCAAAGUUCGGUCUUCCAAACGUUCCUGGGCGGGAAAUCACUCGAAGAGGUACUCUUUAAGUUGCGAAGACGCCCCUGAAGUGUUUUCAGGUCUACAAAUGCGUCUCGGGCGACGCAAACUACUGGCUGGACAUUUUGUACUCGAAGGGCGAGGAACUGUCGGACGAAGAGCUUUUCGACCUGAUUUCCGAGAACCGGAGUAUGUCGCGAAAGUUGGAGGAUUACGGUGCACAGAAAAGCACCAGCAUCAGCACGGCCAAGCGGCUUGCCGAGUUCCUGGGCGCCGAAAUGGUCAAGGUAUGGUCGCUCCUCACGAUUACUUAGCCCUCCUUUUAGAGCUGCGGAGAAAAGGGAAAGCGCGCUCCAGAAUGCUUUCCCUUCUCUGAAAGUUUUAGUCAUUUUCAGCAGGCUUGUACGUCUGCCUGGUUCCGGCUUCGGGCCUUAUCUUUAAGAAAAAACUGGCUCGUGCCAGGCAUCGAAAAAAUUUCAUCGAAAAGUUAUUUUUAUUUGUUGUAUAUCAACUCCAUGUGAAAAAAAAAGCAAAAACAACACUUUUCUCGUUAAAAAAAACUUGUUGUAGUCUGGGCACCACGACUUGGAAUUUCACCGAGCGACACUCCGCUGUUCCGUUGCGUGCCUUUUCGCGCCUUUUUAUCUUUCAUUUUAUUCAAGAACUCGACCAACACGUGUUUCUCGUGGAACAGUCCAUUUAUCAGAAAUGAGGACCAAUUCAAAGCGAGACCGAGGCUCGCAAAGACGCUUCGCGACGCACUGGAACAGCGGAAUGUCGUUCGGUGAAAUUCCAAGUCUUGGCAUUGUUUUUCAAGUUUUUUCCAACUCCAAGCCUAAGCCUUUAAAAUUGAAGUUCAAUAUUAAAAAAAAAAAAUGAUGGAAAGUGUGAAUUCUAUCCGGGAGCAUGAAAAAAAUCCGCGGACGAUAUCAAUAUAGGGGGGAGGCUGACGGGCUGGCGCUCUCGCACAAGCCUGAUUAUCACCUUAUUAUUUUUUAGUUCAUAAUCUUUAGCGAACCUACAUUUUCUCUCUAAUUUUCAGAGGUAAUGAUUUUUUUUUGAUUAAAUAAAAAAAAUAUGAGUCGAACCAGUCUUCAAAAAAAUGUAUUUUUUUAUUAAAGUUUUUUCGACUUAAUCAAGGUAUUAACGGUUUUUAAAUACAAAUUUCUUCAUCUUCUUCUUCCUAAGCCUUUGUACCGCUUGAGCGGCGUCGGCACCCAAAAUCGAUUAGCCGGGGUCCUAUCCUGAUAUUCAGUGAACUGGCUCGAGUGACAUAUCCGUCCUUGGGUGUGACGGCUGGAUAUUUUUGAAGUCGUGGUUUCUCACUACCAAAAUUUCUUGAACACCUUGGUUGGGUCGAGGCGGGGAUCGAACUUGUGACCGUGUGAACCGUAGACAGGCACACAACCUGUUGCGCUAUGGCACGCCCCAUUCAACUGAUAUUAUCAUUUGCCAAAAAUGAAUUUUUGAUAUUCAUGCCGUGUUCAAUUUGAUUCCGCGAAAUGCAAAAUACCCGUUAGAGAAAGGAAAAGAUCACUAAAUUUUGGAGAGUCAGAGAUCAUUUUGCAUUUCGCGGAAAUUACUUUGAACACGGCAUCACAGAUUCUUUUUUGACAGGACGCUGGCUUAGCCUGUAUGUUCGUCAUUUCAAAGUAUCCGAUGGGUUCCCCGGUUACAGAGCGAGCAAUUCCGGUGGCGAUUUUCAAGGUCUUUCCGAAUUUACGUUCAUUUAAAAAUGUCAUUUUUGCAGUCAGAACCAAAAGUCCAAGCUUUUUAUCUGAGGAAGUGGACAAAAUUGACGAGUUUGACUGAAGAUACGGAUAUCAGAGAUGUUGGGGAAAAUGUCCAUCAUGUACUUAGAUUUUUUUUUUCAGCUUCUGGAUUGGGACUAUUACUUGGAGCGCUUGGGCAGCUGCAUCCAGAAGAUUAUCACGAUCCCGGCAGCUCUUCAGGGCGUCACGAAUCCUGUCCCCAGAGUGGCACAUCCUGACUGGCUUGCGAAUAAACUUCGCAAUAAGUCUGUUCUAGGAGAUUAUUAGUGAAAAGAUGGUGUUAUGUUCACAUUUCGUUUGAUUCGUUGACAACACUUUUGGGAAAAAUUUUCAGCAAUCUGAAUCAAAAACGCGCUCUUUCAAUCGUUUCGAGACCCAUUUGCAAAUUAUUUCAUCUACUGGCUGGGGGCUUGUUUGGACGGGCCUGUGGGGGCUUUUUUUUUCCUACAGCAGUGGGGAUCCCAACUUUUGUUUCAUAAGUCGCAUGGCAUCUGAAAAAAAGAGCCAAAAAUAGAACAGAAAAUAAAGCCCGAACCGCCCAUAAAAUUUGAGAGAAAACUUCUCUCACCAGGGAACGUUUUUUACCCCCCGGUUGAACUUUUGCUGAAACUUUGCUGAAGUGUACUCUAGGACCCGCUGAUUGCAGAUCAAGAAAAAAAUUUCUCGCAAUAGAUCUUGUUUCCGAGUUAUGGAGCUUCAAAGUGUGCAAAAUACGCAAAUUAGACCAAAAAAGCGCUAUUUCGGGCUUUUGAAGUGCCCUAACUCGAAAACGAGAUCUAUUGCGAGAAAUUUUCUUUCUGUUCUUUCUUGUUCUGGAAUCAUGGGGUCCUGAAGUACACUUCAGCAAAGUUUCAGCAAAAGUUCAACCGGGGGGUAAAAAAUGUUCCCUAGUCAGGAUGGUUCUCAUUUUGAUUCCAAAAAAAUUUCUUGCCUCAAAAAUAAAACGCUUAUGAUUGUAUAGCUGAUUCACGGGCAGCUUGGGACGCUAAGGGGACGUGUCCUGUCUGCGCUCUCCACGAGCCGGGCGCUAUCUCGUGAAUUAGGACCCUUUUUUUGAUAGCUCAAGCCAGCCGUUAAUCAGCUAUAUAUGGAAAUUUUUGAUUAUUCGCCUGCUUGAUCAUGAACUGGGACUUGAGAACGUUUUCAUGUGGAAAAAGUUAUCUCUAGUUGUUUUUAGAAAUGUAUCACUGUGUUUUUUUUUGUUUUUGGAGCUACAGUUCGGUUUCAGAUUUGACGCAAUCCGACAGCCGAGGAUUUCCGACCUUUUCGCCAGAUGCGCCAAAACGUCGACGGCCGAGUUUGCUGAAAGCGGCAAACGUCUUCGAACCGACGAUCACGACAGCGACGACGUCAUCGUCGAGGUCGACGAAAGCAACAAAGAGAACGAUAUCGAGAACCUGCCAAAGAGGCAUCGGAUCGAGGAAGACGCGAAAAAAAAGAAAAAUACUAUUGAACCGGAGACUUUGGAAAGGAAGACACUGGCGGCACAUGGGUUCGAUGAAUGGCUCGGCUUUUUGAAGAAAAAAUGGACGAUUCAGAAGAAAAAAAGAAAAGAAGAGUUGAUAAAUCGAGGUGUGUGAAAUUGAACCAGCCGAUUUGAUGGACUUGAGAAAUCUCUAACAAAACUCAGCUUUAAAUGCAUAUUGAAGAACUUAUUUCGUAUACGAUCACGGAAUGGUUUUUUUUGAUUCUACUAUUUUCUACAAUUUCAUCCUAAGUUGUUACGGUAGCUCAAAGAAGACUUUUUUUUACCGGUUGCCCCAGGAGUGCACGCCAUCCAGGUCGAACGCGGGGUGCACCGAAAACAUUAACGUAAAGUUCACUUUUUGCGGGUUCACUGCGGGUUACAGAUUUUACGAGUCCCGGAAAUUGCAGAUUUUUUUAUGAAUAUCAAAUUUUUGAGAGUCGAUAGCAAACACUUUUUCAGUUGAUGUUUUUUUAUUGAUUUGAUUUCAUGCAGUCAAGAAAAAAAUCAAGCCACCUUUUUUUCUAAAAAAAUAAAUUUCUCAAUUUUUUUGAUAGUAAUAAUUUUUUUACUUUUUUUUUUUUUGAAAAAUUUUAGUCGAACGAAUAAAAAGUGAAAAAUGAUGCAGUGUUCAAUUUGAUUCCGCGGAACGCAAAAUGAUCUCUGACUCUCCAAAACUUAGUGAUCUUUUCCUUUCUCUAACGGGUAUUUCGCAUUUCGCGGAAUUAAAUUGAACACGUCAUAAUAAUGAUAACCAUUUUUUUUUCUCUUUUUUUUGCAUAGUUGCGUUUGACCCCUUUUUUGCUUUCUGAAAGAAUUGUUCAGCCUGAGGCUUUAUAGUUUUCUAACCUUCCCUUCAAUAUCAUAAGUAUUUUUUUCGAAAUAACAUGAAAAACGACACACUUUGUAGGUGCUAACAUUGUUGAUGAAGUGAUGAACAGUGCAAGAGAAGCUGAAAAUGAAAGGACUUGGCAGGUUUUGGAUCUAGCUGUGUGCUGGGUUAUUUCAAGUUCUCGUUUCUCAGAUUCUCAGCAUUGAGCCAACUCGAGAAACGUCUUUCUUCAACUUGUGGGUCUCGGUGAAUGGCCAAAUGAACAAGUUCCCUUUGAAAAUACAGCGGAGCAUACUUGUCGAUUGCAAGGUUACUCUUUUAAAAACUUUUCUUCUAGAAUAGGCUUGUGCACCUGCCCGGGCUUCAGGCUUCAUUUAAAAAAAAAGAGAGAAGUUUAAAUGUUCAAGAUAAUUACUUUCAAGGAACAACGAGAAGGAAGAGAAGUUGUUCGAAGAAUCCUGCCUCAUCACAAACUCUCACAUUUUUUGUACGAAUAUCGAGCAGAUGAGGUUCGUGCGUUUAGAAAUUUUAUUAGAGCGUCAAUGGAGCUUCUAUGAAAACUAAAGAACUGAAAUCAUGAGCAAUAAAUGACUUUUUCGCGCCAGGGUUGCAUGAGAAGGGAUUUUUUGAGACCAAGGCGUUAAAGUUUAGAUUUUCUUUUGAAAAAAAUGUUUUUUCGAGUAUUUUAAAACAUUUUUCUCAUUAGAUCCGUCAAAUUUCUUAUUCGAUCCGUCACUUCGAAAGAGAAAAUUUUUUUUUUAGUUUGCUCCAGGUGCAUCAAAUUUUACGCCAAACUUUGGCCUAGUAUGCAUCGUUUCUAUCUCGGAAUUUCUCGGAAAAUUCUCGAAAAUUUUCGAGAAAAGCUCGUCCGAAAAAUCGAAACGAGAUCGAGAAGUACGAAUUUCAUCUCGAGACGAGAUCGAGUCUCGUGCAACCCUGUUUCGCACGGCGUUUUUUUCGACGACCUCGCCCCCUUUUUUUUCUCCGUAAAGUGUGGUGUGUCGUGUGCAUGCACUGCACCGCUCUCGCGCAACAAAAAUUGCGUUUAUUUGGUGAGAAUUAGCUUUUUCUCAAAGACCUCUGGCAAUUUGGCCGCUUGCGCCUUUAAUAUUCCCUGUUAUUUACGCUCUUAGAGCCGAAAUCUCUGCCGUCCGUCCCGAUGACGUCAUGUGAGAACGAGGUUUUGAUUCCGCCCACCUUAUUUUUGGACUCGCAUUUUUUCAACUAUCAAAAAUGACGUAUUUUAAAAAUAAAGUUGUAUGAAAGACGUCGAAAAAUAAGGAUAAGUUUUUGAGAACCAAAUGAACUCGCUGAUGGACAAACUGUAUGCGGAACGAUGCUGUGCAUCGAUUGUCGGAAUUUAUGAGUCGAAUGUUCCCGCUCUGUUCCGAUGUCUCGUCAACCUCGGCUGUGUGGUUCUGCCGAUCGCCCCGCCCACAAAUUCGACUUAUGGAAUCGAUGUUUGAAUGAAAAAAGAAAAGAACAAUUCAUUCCAUUUGUUUCAAACAGAGCUUUAAACCGAUAUCCUUGUCUGUGGAACGCGUCAGUUACCUCAGCGAAACACCGAGAAUCGUUUUUCUGUACAAGUUUUCGCAGGUUCGUUUCAAAUGUAGAAUCUAUUGAAAAUUAUAAUCGUCGUAAGGUUUUUUUUGUGAAUUGAUUGAUAGAAAAAUUUUUCAACUAUGAUUUCCCUCACAAAUAUUUUAUAUUGUCGUUUUUGUCCAUAAAGAUGAAGUUUGACAAAAUUUCGCGAAAGGAUUUUAAAAAGCGAUCGGAAAAAUUAUUCAAAUUUAAAAAAAGCUAAUAAGAAAUAAAGAGUUGUCAAUAAUGUUUUUUUGAUGCUCAGGACUCUCGGCAUGUUUGGUCAUUGGUGGACCCAAAUACGAGAACAGCCUCAUUUUUCGUUGUCAAUCGAGGGCAACUUCAAAUGCCCAACAUGGACAUCAUGUAUACCCAGGCCUACAAGAAGAUGUCAGUAAUAAAACAAAAUGUUUCUUUCUUUUUGGCGUCCUCUUUUCUAGAAACUUUUAAAAACUUUUUAGUCGAUUGCUGGCUUGACCCAUUGAAUAAAUGGACCGGUACGGCAAAGAAGAAGAAAUAGUGCCUAGAUUAUGAAAAGAACAGACAGUGUCACGCCGCUUACCAUCCCAAGCUAGCUGUGAAUCCGCUAUAGUCAUUUUUAGUUAUUCUGAAAUGUUGAAAAAUUUCGCAGCGUGUGUAAAUUUAGCUUUGAAGAAUGUAUUGACGAUGAGAAAGAAGCUCUAUUAAAAUCAUUUAAGGAAAAAUUGAUAUAUGGUAUCCGAAGAAGUUGGCGAAAAAGCGCGGAGUUUUUACAAAAAAGAUUCAAUAAGUAAGGUUUUCAUAAUUUUCCAACACUGCUGAAUUUCUGUUUCGAGAUAUUUGUCACCACAUUUACGUAAAAAAAAAGAAAAAAAAUAUUUUAAAAUUUUUACCCCCACUCUCCCCCUUUCCCGCUGAACUUUUUAGGAAAUUUUGCUGAAGUGUACUUUAGGACCUCCUGAACAAGAGUUUCUUGCAAUAGAUCUCGUUUUCGAGUUAUGGAGCAAUAUACACAAAUUAUGACAAAAAAGCGCUAUUUCAAGCCUUUGAAACGUCGUAACAAUAGCUAGAUGUUUUGCGAGAAAUUUUUUUGUUCUGAAAUCAGGAGGUCAUAAAGUACACUUCAACCGAGUUAUGAAAAACGUUCCCUUGUUAAAAUUUGUCUUUAGGAAAGAAAUGGAGAAAAUGGAGUCCUGUACGGCGGAAGACAACAUCAAAUUCAACACAAAGCAGUUCAAUUCGGCGACCGAGUGCAAUAGAGAACUGGGACGGGUUUCUGAAGAAUUUCAGGCUUUUUCAAUAAUCUUGCUCUUUUUAAGGUCUUGAGAACGGCGCGGGAAGCCUCGUCCAAAACUACUCUUUUGAUUCUUUUGACGGAUGCUGAACCCAGGCAAUUGGUGAGAUUUGGAAUUGAAUAACACAUUCUAAAUGUCUAGGAGCUGACAAAGAAGGGUGUUUCUCACUUUUGUAGAAGCAAAUGUAUGAAUUGGUGGUUGUAAUUGACAUAGCAGCUGGCGCACUGUUGAGGGCAUAUGGACAGUUAUAAUCAAGGUUUGAGGGGAAAGCAGUACCUUGUAAAGAUUUUGGGUCUACUCAAAAAGGCAAAGAUAUGACUAAUUUUGAAAGAAAAAAAAAACCGAAAAAUGCCGAUGCGUUUUGUCCAUAGAGCAGCAAAUCGCCUUUUGGCGGAAACUCAAAUUUUUUUUCUCUCCAAUAUUGAAUAAUUCAGAAAAUUUUAGAUUAAAAAAAAAUCUUCUCUUGAUCAAUUUAUUAUUAAUCCAAAAAGAUGCGGGAAGUGCCGAACGUUUCGCUGUUCCCACACGUUCGACUUCACAUCAGAGAGCCGUCGUCGCUGCUCAACGUUAUCGACUGGCAACGAGUUGUCGCGAAACGUGUCAUUCAGCACUUUUUCAAUUCGUACAUCUUCUUGACGGUUCGAAAAAAAAAAAAAUUCGAAAAAUUGAGAAUUUUCAAGGAUUUCCUCGAGUGGGCGCGGUAUCUGCGAAUCCCAAUUGGCAACGUCCCAAGCGACCUGAACGUCUUUGCCCUGGAUUUGUUUUUCGCCAGGCAUCUGAAGAGGAACGGCCACGCAUUGUGGGCUUCGCCGACCAGUCGGCCUGACUUGGGCGGAAAAGUUAGACUUUUGAAGCUUAUUCCGUUUUGGUUGAAGGUUAGGGGUUAUGACUUAGGAACUUCAUAGUGGUCUCUAUAGGGGGAACCUUAGUGGCACUUGGAGGGUCCCCUCUAGGAACCACUUUAGCUACCCUUAUAGAGCCUACUGAAGCUUGCAAAAGAGGUCCCUAUAGGGGUUUUAAUUAGCGGCCCCUAUAGAGAUCGCUUAAGCUUCAGGGUCGGACCCUAAACCCCUUUAGGGACCACCUUGCUUUCACCCCUAAAGUGAUUAUUUUUCACUUCUAUAAGGACCACUCUAAAAUUCCUAUGACACAUCGGCCUGACUUUAACACCUUAUUUGGGCCCGGUGAAAGUGCGCUCCACGGAUAAUUCAAAAGUUUACUUUGAAUUUUCCAGAUCUUCACCAAAUUUUUUUCAAAUAUUUCUGAUUAUUUUUUGUUCUGACUUCGAGACCCUAUAUUACAAAAUGAUGCGGCCUUAAAAAAAGUCGAUUUUUUUUCAAAGCCACGAUGGUUUAGUCUGAAUGAUUUUUUUCAAAUGCGCUUGAGCUUCAGGUUUUUGGGAGCUUUUAUUUCUAGUCUCAGCCUUCCUUCUCUGAUAAUCUUUUUCAUGGUUGAAUUUUUUGUCGAUUUGAGGAGCUAGACGACAUGCGGCUGGCAGUUGAAUGGACGCCUCUUUCGGUCGACGACACGGUUCUUUUGAAUCGGGAGGUUUUCUGUGCAACGGCUUGUGUCGAGGUCCAAUUGAGUGCCGUCGCCGUGAGUUUAGACGAAUUCCUAUUUGCAUAAAUUCAGACUUAUCACUUACAAUGAGAUAUUUUAGCGUAGGGUUCAGAUUUUUUACAAUUUUUUUAAUUCACCCUGAAUUGAACCCACACAGGCGCCGUCUGCGCAAACUCUGUAAGGAAAUAUAAUUUUUUUUUUAAAGUUUUUAUCCUUUAUAUUUCGUGUUCACACAUUUGAGAGAAAUUUGUCCGAGGAUAUUACUUUUCAGUUUAACAAAAGACCUUGAAGUUAAGGUUUAGGCGCAGACUUGUUCUGCGCCAUUUGGGUUUAGGCUGGGUUGGAAAAAAAAAAGGGCGUUUCGUUAACUUUUUCUCUUAAUUGAAUAUGUUGUAAAACACAAUUUUCAGAAUUUUUCAAACACAAAACCGAAUAUCCUCAUUCGGCUAGUUUUCGAGAUACGGUAGCUCAAACGAUUACGGUGAAAAGCUUCGAAAAUCUAUAUCCCGACAAAAAAUCAACGAAUCUUGAUCGAAGUUUGUCACAAGGUGCAAAAGAAUUUUAUGCAAUUUUUAAAAAUCUAAUUACUCAUACUUUCUCAGUAUUGCUCAUAUUAGAUUAUUUUCCGAAUCCUUUUGUUUCGUGGCUCCUCCGCGAUGGCGACUGGGUUCUUCUUAAUUUGAGAAUUUUCUUAAGGUUUUUUUGAGAGUAUUUUUUCUUCAGAAUUAUCAAGAAAAAAUUUUGUGGUGCGUGAAACAUGAAUUUCGGACACCUAGAGCCAAAAUUGUAAUGUUUGAAAUUAACAAAUGACCUCAAAGUUAAGGUUUUCCUUUGAUUUGAGAUUUCCGGCUGCCAUUUAAAUGAUAAAAACUUUAAAAAUGAUAUUUUAAGACUAAAAGUUUGCGCGGAUAGUGGCUAUGCUUUUUGAUUCCCAGAAGAUUUUUGACCAGAUUUUAAAAUUUUGAAAGCUAUGCUAAAGUAGAGGGUAGGAAGGAAUUUGUGUCCGCGAAUCACCGUGAGCGUGAACUGUGCAUACACUAAUCUUGGGGUCUCGAAUCUAAAAAAAAAAUUUGAAACUUGGAAAACGAUUAUUGGGAAUAUUCACCUCUUUUUUGAUUUUUACCAUUUUUUUUUUUGAAUGCCUACAGAAGGAAUGAAAGUGUGAUAGACGUGCUGCAGCGAAUUUUUGACCACGCGUAUGCGAGAAAGACGUAUUAUUUGAUGAAAAAUUAAUUUUGAAUGAAAAUCGAACAGUUUUUUUCCGGUCGCAACACGCCAUCCUUACAAUAAAACAACAAAAAGAAAAAAAGAACUAUGAAUCAAAAAAGAGGUGAAUAUUUUCAAUUUUCGUUUUCCAAGGCUCGAGCCACAAGAUUGGUGUAUGCACAAUUCACGCUUACGAAAAAUAGCGGACCCAAAAUUCUUUCCCAUCAUAAUAAAAUUACUCCCCAUGAUAAGUCCAUAAAGUUUGUUUUUUUUUAUAUUUCGUCCUGCCUUAUCUUCUGCUUCGAAAACCGUAUCUUUCGGUACCUCUUUUCUCAUUGACAUCUAUCAGGUAACCGCCCUGGUACAACGAAGUCGAGUGCUGGAGGCUGAGGGAGCCGAAGACGCCGUAGCCUUUGACACGGCGGCCCUUCUUCCUUUUCAGUCUAUUUUCGGAGUACAGUUCCGUGUUUUCGUUUGAGUCGCACCCACAAAAAACAUCGAAUUAGGAACAGCAUAUCGUCUUACGACGAAGGCGCCGCGGUCGACGGAUCAUUGAAAAUUCUGAAGCAAAUGCUGACAGAAUGCGUUCGCGACAUCGCUCAUCAUAACAAUCCGAGAGCUGAUGAUAUUGUGAUGAGUGUUGGAAGGUGGGAAUGCAUUCCUUUUCAUGACUAAUGACAAAAUAUGAUGUUAUUUGUGCGUUUUGUUGAUCACUUGAAGUCUCUCUGAUUCGACCGGGAAUUUUUUUGAGAAGAGCAAGACAGAUGUGGUCCCAACUUUUUUGGUUGUUUAGGUGAGAUUACUUGAAAAACAAAAUGUUUAUUAGUAUCGACGUGGAAUACUGAUAGAAGAACCGAUGAAAAAUGUGUAAGAGACGCUUGAAAACUCCUUUUCUUCUUGGGAUUUUCCGUUCUCCGAGAGAAUCGAUAAUAUGCCAAAACAGUGAGGCACUUAUAAUUCAUGAAGCUUUUUUUGGGGGCAUACUUUUGCCACGACAACUACACAAGCCUUUGAAACUUUUAGUUGAGGUUUUGACAGGCUCCGCUCCUUUAAAGGAUUUCUGUAGCCAAAAUACAAAAAAAUCCAACUCCGAAUGGAAUGAAACUUUAAAAGAACGUUAGCAAUAAACUGGUAAGAGAGAGGAAAAUAUCCGAAAUAAAGAACUGUUCAAUAGAAUGCUGGCUUUCGUUUAAAAAAAAAGUUUUAUUAAUUUUAUAACACGGAAAAAAAAGUCAGAAAGUCUUUUUUGUUUUAUAGCUCUAGUAACCCCUAAAUUCUAUCUCAUGUCUACCUCCCGAGUGGUCGAUCUUCAUUACCGCUCUCGGCAAAAAUUAGAAUCCGACGCCUGCCAGCCUUGGACAAGCUUGGCGGUUUCAAAUCCUCAAAAAUAGUCUACUACUAUCACAAGAAAGGCAAUAUGUUCUACGCACCGUUUUUGAUCAAUGACAGUUUCGCAAAACGACAAAAAACUUCUAUAAUCAGAUGAUUCAGCGAAGAAUCUUCUCUGACGACUGAAUAAAUGUAAAAUGUAAAUGUAACCCUAAAGAGGGCCGGAGCCUGUCAAAACCUCAACUAAAAGUUUCAAAGACUUGUGAAGUCGUUGUGGCAAAAGUAUGGGCAAAAAAAGCAACCUGAAUUCUUAGUGCCAACGGCUCAAAAUAUUUCUCUCGGAAAAAAAGUGACAUUCUGAAAAAAAUGUUUUUAAGAUGGCUUCACACGUCUGGAGCGCUUCUUUACGAUCCAGCGUUAACCCGAAGUGUCGGAAUUUUGGAAAAAAAGCUCGUGCUUUUGUUAUGCGCCGAAUGCGAGAGGAUGGGUGCGAAAGUGGUGCACGCAACGUCCCAGAAGCUGGUUCUGAACACGGGCAAGGCGACCCAGAACGAGGCCAAGGCGUUCGCCCAGAUGCUCAUUGGUUCCCUGAGCACCAACGUCCUUUUUGCCGCUCUGCAGAUCACUCCCAGACGAUAUUACGAAGCUCUCCUUUGGAUGGAUGCUUAUAAUCAUACAGGUAUUGCGGUUACAAGAAGCUGGCCUCUAACCAGGAGUAGGGAGUCAUUUUAGGAGCAUUAUGAGCUUAAUAAGCCAUAAAGUUUUUGAGAAUCGUGGAUUUUCUACGGAAAAAAAAGCUCAAAGAAAGGUAAAAAUUCAGAGAUUAGUAAUAUUCAAAUAGAGCUCGAAGACCAUGAAAUGGUUCGCAGAAAACUGAAAUAUUUUUCAAAAGUUUUCUUUCUCGAAGUGCUCGCUACUUUUCCACCUUUAUUUUCCUAGGCAUCGGACAGCUUGAAGAAAACGAAGUACUAGAGACCGCCAUACUUCCUGAUGCACUAGGCAGAAUCACACAGGUUCUUUCUCCAUUUCUUUCUGUGAUCCGCUUUUUCUUAGAGCCACUGGAGAAUAGCUGAUGAAUUGCCACCGGAAGGUGAUGUUCGGCAAGAGUUUGAGAAGAUUAUCACCGGAUUUGUGAUGAUUUUCUUGGAAAAACGCAAAGAAAUGGUAGGUUUUUGUUUGAAAAAAAAAUAGAAAUUAAAUAGAUGAGCGAAAAUAUGAGGAUUUUUUUCGGUAUUCGUUCAACUUGUGUAUAAAUACUGGAAAGGCUUAAACAGAGUUAUGGUUUCUGAGGAUGACCAAAGAAGAUUUAAAAGUUUUUUGAAAAAUUGGUUUUUGAUACGGAAGCUGCAAAUAUCACAAAAUGAUUUAACUCGUUUGUUGAUUACUUUUCUGUUUGAUUCUCUUCGAUUCGACCUAAAAUAAUUUCGAAUUAAGUGGAAAUUUAUCGAAGUGGAGGCAGUUAUAAAUUUCUUGGUUGUCUUCCUUCACGCCACAGAUCUGUCUGUGAGCGAAAUAAAAAUUUCUUUCACUCAACUUUGUUAAAAAAAACAGAUUAUUUUUACCUGAAAUUUGUUUAAGAAAGGGCAAAGAAACAUUCUAAUAACUGUGAUCUGUGGUAAAUUUAUUUUCGAAAAUUCCGAGAUUUCAAGUUUUAUCAAACAGAGUCCGUUUUAAAUUUUCUUACACUAACAAAAAAGCCGUGAAUAACUACAGAAAAAAAACCAAAAAAAAAAUUAAUUACCCUAUUACGCCACUGUUUUCGUUCAUCUUUCGCUCAUAAAAAGUCGCACCUCAUGAAAAUGAAUAUUUUAAGUGUUUCAAUUAUGAAUUUUUUAUCUAUUAAACCUACGGUUCAGGCUCCUAAUGAGUUUGACGCCGAAACCUACCGCAAUAUCAUAAUCGAAAAAGAAAUUGCUCACCGAGUGUUCCGAAUCAUUGCCAAACUGACUCAUCAAAGUGCCGCCUGUGCCAUUUCAGCGGCCGCUUUUGUCAACACGGUUCAUUUUUUCAAAAAUUUUUCGCGCUCUAACCAACGUCUUUCUUCAGAUCUGCCGAGCUUUGGCGGCUGAUUCGGCUUGUGAAGUUGCUGUCGAUAGUUUGAAAGAAAACGCCCAACGCUUAUUGGACAACGUUAAAAGUCUGUUUCAUGCUUGAAAAAAACCUAAUUGACUUUGAGAGUAAUGGAGAAAUUUCUAUAUGAAUGACGAUUCUUAAAAAAAUAAAAGAAAAUGCGAUAAAAAUAGCAUAAGUUUGAAGGCAUAUGGGCAGUAAAAAAGGGCUUUGAAAGAAACGUGUAUUUUUGUAAAGCCCUUCAUUGCUUUCAUUGCAAGGUCAAGACUUUUCGUAAAUUAUGAUGCUUAGGGUGUAAGCACACCGAGACGCACUAUCGCAUACUCAAAAUUGUUUUUUUUUUUCAAUUUUAGAAUUUGCAAUUUCAGGAUAAUAGCUCCUGAAAUGUUCGAAAGUUGUCAGUUUGAAGAAUAUGAUGUGAAAAAAACACUCACUUACGUUAAAAAAACAUUUAGGAACGAUUUCGAAUGGGGAAAACUCUAAAUUACUGAUUACAAAAUAAAAACGAAAAAAUAUUAUGAAAAUGAAUCAGCUCCCAUUGAAUAGGCAAUUUCAAAUACGAAAAAUAUUGAAAUAAGGGAAAAUUCGAGGAGUAAAUGAAAAAAAGAAACAUUUUAUAUAGCUUGAAAACCUAGCUUCAGAAAAACAAAUAAUGGAUAGAAAGCAGAAAUUUAGAAAAAACCUCGUAUGGCGAUAUGUUUGUUUAAAUCCGAAAAACCAUCAAAAAACUAGAAAAAAAUAUAUAAAUUUAGAUGAUUCAUAUAACAAAAUCAUCAAACUGCAUCAGCAAAUUCAAUUUGGCUCUAAUUUACACGAAACCGGUUUCAAACUACGUCAAAAGAACUAGAUAAUAACUUGUACUCGAAUCCACAUUGUGCAUUAAAAUUAACUGAUUGAAUUAAAAACUAUAGUUUCCGAGAGUGACUCUUUUUCAUGUCGCGAAACAGAUUUCAAAAAUUUUGAAAAAAAUUAGGACUUUUUAGAAAAAAAUCUUGGACUCUUUUUGAGAAAAAAGUUAAAGAUCUGAAACCGGUUUAGAAAAGUGCGCAAUUUAAAGCUCCACAUGAGAUACCCAUACAGAGGCGGAUCACAUAAAUGCAAGAAAUAGAAAAAAGCAAAAAACCAAUGAAAAAAGUGAAGAAAUUCAAUUUUUGCAUCAGAAACCAUGAGAAGGGCGCAAUGAUGCGCCACGGAUAAUAUUUUUCCGAGAUGCCGCUGGGACCCAAAAUUUCGCAUUUUUUUUUUCAUUGCGCGGAACACCGUGGCUUGUCGACUGGUAUAUAUGAAAAUGUGCAGAAUUUCCUAUUUUCGGAGAAAAAUUUUUUUUCGAAAUCACAGAGUUUUUUUUUAGUUGAUGAGAGCCAAAAGUCGCAGUUCAAGACGAUUUUCUUGUCGAAUUUAUACUGUCACAACUGCUCUCAAUCUUCGAAUGUCCACUUGUCAGACGACGCCAUUUGGAACUGUGCCACUUGUGGACAUGUAAGUCGGCUGGUUACGCCAGCCAUUCAGGCUCAUUACUAAAAUGAACGUUGUUUUCCAGCGCCUCUCGGUUGAUACCGUCGAUAAUAUGAUUUGUGAGCGGCUAAGCUGCUUGCUGACCGCGUAUCAACUCCAGGACCACGUCUGCUUGAAGUGCAAAGCGGUGAAUUUUGCAUUUUGCAUAAAGUGGGCCCUAGAGGGGCGACCUUCCGAUCCCCUCUAAAUACCACUUUACCAACUCCUAUAGGGGCUGUUUUUCCCCUAACUGCUACAGGGACCACUCUGGAACUCCUAAGCUUUGAGCUUAUUUGAUAGUUGUUUUCCAAAUUUCAAAAAUUCCCAAAACUAAUCUGUUUUUCUAGCCGUCAAAUAAAAUUUUCGCAUUCUAUUCAGGUGCGACGCGACAACUUGUCGCUGUAUUGUGAAUGCUCGGGCGACUUCUCCAACGUCAUCGACCCUCAAUCGCUGGCGACUGAGGCGAAAACGGCGGCUGCGAUAGCCAAGUCGCGCGACCUGCGUCGCACCGCCGAACUUGCCGCCUGGAUCUCGACUGCGUUAUAAAUUUUCAAUCUAUUAUUAAUUUCAAUCCUCCUGUUUGGGAUCGUGAUGAACUGCAAAUACUAUGUACUAACUUUUUUUUAAUGCUUUAGACGAGUUUUUCGUGUUUCAAAAGUUUUAACCUUUCGGCUUUUUCUGAAGUUUAUGUCAAACUAUUCACAACCUGUUUUUUUUUUUGAGUUUAUUCUACAUAACUUUUGAGAUAUUCUAUAUAUGUGGUUGAUCUCUUUCUGUGUGAUGUCGGUCCGAAUUAAAUGUUUCAUUUUCACCCCUGAGAAUUGGAAAAAAAAAGGUUUUCUUCUACAAGAACCAAUUGCGUUUCUGUGCAUCUCUCUUCCUAGAGGGCAGAACCCAUUGUCAUUCGCCUGCACGUCUUCUCUAGGAUUCAUCGAAGACAUUCAUUCUUUAUGCAUACCAUCUUCGCCUGCCGCGAUUCAUUUGUAAUGAGAAAUGGAGUGGUAAGUUUUUUUUCCUUAGUUUCAUUGCUUCUUCUCCCCCUUUCAUAUUGGUGGCCUUUUUCAAGCUGUUCGAGUGACCUUUUUUAAUUUAAAAAAUCUUGUAAUACCGUACUUGAGUGUUCUAUGAAAGAUUCUUUUUAAUUAAAAAAGUUUUUUUCUAAACGGAAUUUUUUUCAAAGAAAAAAAUCAUGAUUUCGAAAUAAUCACGGAGCACGAAUUUCAGCCUUUUUCUAUUCCAACUUUUUCAAUAGCCUUUUUGAAUUUUUCUUUAAAUUCAAGUUUUCUAGCUCUCACCUUGAUUGGUUUUAUCGAGAAAGUUAUUUUAGGAUUUUUUCGAAACACGUUUAAUUCUUUUUUUAAAGAAAUGACGCUUGUUUUUCCUGCUGCUGGUUAUCACCGCAUCGACUUUUGCACGCUUUUGCGUUCAUGAAAAAACGGUUUGCUAUUUUUUUUUUCGAAGUUUUGUACAAUUUCAAGAUUUUUUUGUAAUUACAGAAAAAGUAGUCAAAAAGUUUUUUUGACUAUCUGAAAAAGAAGCUUCGAGAAACUAACUAAGAAAACUGAGCUUAAAAAAAUCUUCGGGGACAUUAAAAAAAAAUAAUUUGAAUUUUUGAGUAUUGUUUUUUGCUCACACUUUUUCCUUCUCUGCGUAGUGGAAUAAAAUGUUUAAAUCCAUGGUUAUAGUUUGAAAAACGUGACUUUCGACAUUUAUUAAAAAAACCAAGUUCAAAUUUCAAUUAUUAAUACAAAAGCAAAAUUUUCAAAAAAAGGAGAGAGAAAUACUCAAUUAAAAAAAAAGGUGGGAACCAACGGCCUUUGAUGCCGAAAGGCGAAUAGGGUGCAGAAAAGUCCCAGUCUUUCAAACCGAAAAAACAGUUAACGAGGAGAAAUUAUUUGAUAUUUUUUCUAGGGCUGGUGCCAGGGACAUGAACUCUGGGGCUGGUGUUUCCACAAUAAAUCGAGCGGUGCCUUUGACUGCGACGACGACGGUUACUGCGCAGCUCAGGUUUUUGAAACCUCCAUGAUUUUCUGAGUGGCUAAGUGUGUCACCGUGUGUCAGGAUCUAUACAAUUUUUUUUUCAUAAAAAUAUACGUAAAAAAGCUUAUCUACCCUCAAAGCGACAGCAUCUUUUUUCAGUUGUACUGAAUGAAGAACUAAAAAGUGGUACAAGGAACAAUAAAAUAUUCGACAACCCUAACUCAAAUGAGCUAAUUAAACUCCAAAAUAAUCAUUUCUAUUUCGAGAAGAUUUUUUUUAGUGGAGGUUUAAAAAGUUACUACAAAACGAAGAGCAAAAUCAAUAUAAGACACAAAAAAAACGAUGCCAGGCGGCUAACUGUAAUUGCCCGCUCUUUACCCGUGGGUGUUUGAGUAGUAAUUUCAGUCUGUUCCGUGAAACCCCAUGUAAGUCAGACAAUGCACUGAUGAGCAAAAAAACAUUUUUUUAUAAAACUUUCAACUAGUAAAUAAUGUAUAACUAUUUUAAGAAAAAUAGAAAAAUGUUGCCGUCGAGCAUACUCUUUCGAGAGUUUAUAGGUGUGUUCAGUAAAUAAUAGCUUAUUCCGGUUUUAACCUCCUUUCUCACUAAUCAAAACGAUUCCAGGAACAACUCAAAAACAAAAAAUCGUCGGGCUGUUUCAUGCGAGGAAAUUCUUCCAUUUGCUGUUGUAACGAUGCG